UGGGACAGAUGAAGUGUGACUUUACUUCGUUUUUUAAUAUCUCAAUUCUUAUUACCAUUGAUUUAGUGAUUUGAAGGGACGUUUAAAAAGACAAAUUACAAAUAUUCAAUCUGAGGUAGGGGAAAUGGUACUGAAAACACUGAAAUGUAAUCGUCAUCACUACAAAUUGCUUCUUCUACUGCUGCUUCCUCUCGUCAUCGUCCUACAAGGAGCGGCGGCCGUCGUUCCAUCCGAUCCCGGAGCAAAUGACGGAGAAGUGCUCAGUGGGACCACUCCGUCGUCCUUGCUCGCUCGCUAUCCCGCUUCUCCCUUUCAUCCCGGCCUCCUCAAUGUCAUCUCUCCGGUCCACCCACCGCUUACUGCCCCUUCUCAGGCUCGGCCUCCUCCCUCCUCUACAACCACUCCCACACGGCGGCUUUCCCAAAGCACAAAAAAGAAACGUAUCAAGAUAGUGAAACAUAAGAAGAAGAAGAGCAAAAAAGAUCGUGAUAUUAUUAUUUCAGUUUCUGUAAUCGUUCUUCUUGUAUUAUUAAUUUGUUUAGGUGUAUAUGUAUACUACCACCACUACAAGCCUAAGCAUAGUGGGAUCCAGGCCCAGAAGAAUUAUGAGGUCCUCGAUGG